AUGGAGGACGAAGAUGACGAUGGGGCCGGCUACGAGAGGCAGCAGGGCAAGGAGCGAGUCCCGAGCUCCGCCGCCUGGGCCCCGCCCCCUAUUACACAGCGAGGCCGCUCCACUACACCUCACGUUCGACCCGGGUGGCUGAGCUGCAAGCUGGGCCGGUGGCAGGGAGGCGGAGCGGCGAGCUCUCGCUGCACACUGAAAGAAAGUCGGCACACAAAAGAGAUUACUGCAUACACACGAGAGUCAGUACUGCUGCCCUGCUACUGCACUGACCUGCAGACCACACCAGAGAGACUCAUCUGGAAGAAACUCAACCCAAACUCACAUGAAUGGGAAGAGAUAUCCAGUGAGAGCGGUCAGUACAGGAACAGAGUUCAGCUGUUUAAUGGUCACUCUCCAGGAAAUCUCUCUCUACUCAUAUCAAACCUGACAGAAGAGGAUGGAGGAGAUUACACCUGUGAUGUUAAACAGAGUGAAUACAUCCUCAUCAGACUCACUGUAAAAGGCUGCACUCUGGUAAACAGUGACAAAACAUUGCUGAUCACAGCAGAUACAGGGGGGUCAGUACUGCUGCCCUGUUCCUGCACUGACCUAUACACCACACCUAAGAUAUCCACCUGGAACAAAUACAACAUAAAUGGAAAGGCAUGGGAAGUGAUAUCCAGUGAGAGUGAUCAGUACAGAGACAGAGUUCAGCUGGUUAAUGGUCACUCUCCAGGAAACCUCUCUCUACUCAUAUCACACCUGACUAAAGAGGACGGAGGAAGUUACAGGUGUGAUGCUAAGAAAAAUGGAUUCACAGACAUCAGACUCACUGUUGAAGGUAAAGCACUUGGUGCUGAACCUGCACAGUCUCUGCCCUUCGUCCCCUUUGCCUUGGUGACUGUGAUCAUUCUCCACAUUAUAGUAGCUGUGGUUUAUCACACCAAGAGAAACACAGUGCCAGAUGCUGCCAUGAUUUACUACAACAGCGCUGAUGAAGCAGUGAGCCUGUAG